UUGAGGUAGUCUGGCUAUAUAGCCGCAGGAGAGAGAAGGUAAAUUGGGGCGCGCGGCUUGGAGGAGCUUCAGCACCUCGGUCAGCGACCACUGCAGCUCAAUCCACUCCUAGAGCUCGCGGACUCCCAGCCCUGAGAAUGCCUGCGGAAUGAUCGCCCCCCAGGGCGGCUGCCGCUACUGCCGCUACUGCUAUCGCUGCUGCUGCUACUACUGCCGCCGCCUCUGUCUCCACUCAGCUCUGACUGGCAGGCAGAAAGUGCAACUGACGAAGGGAAAGGUCUCCGCAGUGAGAGUGGAGUGGCUACAUAAAAGAGAGUAAACAGGGGCAAAAACCCAGAUCAGAAUGCAGGCGGCAUCCAACCUACUCAAUCUCCUGCUGCUGUCUUUGCUUGCUGGAUUAGACCCUUCCAAGACUCAGAUUAGUCCCAAAGAAGGAUGGCAGGUAUACAGCUCAGCACAGGAUCCUGAUGGACGAUGCAUUUGCACAGUGGUUGCUCCAGAACAAAACCUGUGCUCUCGGGAUGCCAAAAGCAGGCAGCUUCGCCAGCUGCUGGAAAAGGUUCAAAACAUGUCUCAGUCUAUUGAAGUCUUAAACUUGAGAACUCAGAGAGAUUUCCAAUAUGUUCUAAAAAUGGAAACCCAAAUGAAAGGGCUGAAGGCCAAGUUUCGGCAGAUUGAAGAUGACCGGAAGACACUAAUGACCAAGCAUUUUCAAGAGUUGAAAGAGAAGAUGGACGAGCUCCUGCCCUUGAUUCCUGUGCUGGAACAGUACAAAACAGAUGCCAAGUUAAUCACCCAGUUCAAGGAGGAAAUCCGGAAUCUGUCUGCCGUCCUCACUGGAAUUCAGGAGGAAAUUGGAGCCUAUGACUAUGAGGAACUACAUCAAAGGGUGCUUAGCUUGGAAACCAGACUUCGUGACUGCAUGAAAAAGCUAACAUGUGGCAAAUUGAUGAAAAUCACAGGCCCAGUUACAAUCAAGACAUCUGGAACCCGAUUUGGCGCUUGGAUGACAGAUCCCUUAGCAUCUGAAAAAAAUAACAGAGUUUGGUACAUGGACAGUUAUACUAACAAUAAAAUUGUCCGUGAGUACAAAUCAAUUGCAGACUUUGUCAGUGGGGCCGAAUCGAGGACAUACAACCUCCCUUUCAAAUGGGCAGGAACUAACCACGUUGUCUACAAUGGCUCACUCUAUUUUAACAAGUAUCAGAGUAACAUCAUCAUCAAAUACAGCUUUGAUAUGGGGAGAGUGCUUGCCCAAAGAAGCCUGGAGUAUGCUGGUUUUCACAACGUUUACCCUUACACAUGGGGUGGGUUCUCUGACAUCGACCUAAUGGCUGAUGAAAUCGGGCUGUGGGCUGUGUAUGCAACUAACCAGAAUGCAGGCAAUAUUGUCAUCAGCCAACUUAACAAAGAUACCUUGGAGGUAAUGAAGAGCUGGAGCACUGGCUAUCCCAAGAGAAGUGCGGGGGAAUCCUUCAUGAUCUGUGGGACACUGUAUGUCACCAACUCCCACUUAACUGGAGCCAAGGUGUAUUAUUCCUAUUCCACCAAAACCUCCACAUAUGAGUACACGGACAUUCCCUUUCAUAACCAAUACUUUCACAUAUCCAUGCUUGACUACAAUGCAAGAGAUAGAGCUCUUUAUGCCUGGAACAAUGGUCACCAGGUCCUAUUCAAUGUCACCCUUUUCCACAUCAUUAAGACUGAGGAUGACACAUAAGCAAAUGUAAUUUGUUUUCACUGAUCUAAACUGUGUCAUCUGUGAUAAACUCUAUAGGACCCCUUCUGGUUUUUCUUUAUAAUAACUUUCAUCAUUUCUCCAAAGCAUUUUUUGUUAUAAAGUUGGUGUUUCAAAAAACAUCUGAGCCUGUAUAAACUAACCUGUUGGAAACAUCUUAACUCCUAAAUUUACAAGGCCUAUCAUGUUCUUGUCAUGAAAAGCACUAAAAUGAGGUUAAGUGGCUAAAGUCAUAGUUUUACAAAAGAUUAAUGAUCUGCCUUAUAUUAGAGUCAGAGAUUAAUGGUGGCUUAAAUGCAUGAUUUUUUUUUUUAACUCUGUCAUUUUUUUACUGUCUUUUGCUCCACAUCAGAAAAUAUUUUGGUAGGAAGUAGGAAAAAAAAAAGCACUUUCCCCCCAUUUAUUUCUAAAAAAGAUUUAAGGAUCUUAUUUAUAUGAGAAAAUAUUAUUAAUCAUUUUGCUGUUAUACAGUUCUCUGAUGCGGUGCUGUACAGUCAUUUUUAAAUCUCUUGCUAACAUUUUAUUGGCAAUAGGUAUUUCUACCAUUGUAACCACCAUUGUGCAACUGUAUCUCUUCACUUCUGUGAAAGUAAGUAAUAUUUUUUAUAAAAUACACUGAAGUUUAAUCUCAGUAAUCAUUAUGGGUCACUUUUCAAGAGUGGUCAAAAAGGAAGUAUCUUCUCAGCUUACCCCUUUACAUAAGCACUAUAAACUAAAAAGAAAAUCAAACCAGAUUCCUUACAUAGAGUCUUUAUUUUACCCCAAGUUUACUGGACCACUGACAUGGAAUCCUAAAAUUGAUUCAGUAAGGAUGAGUUAUUCUGAUCACUCCACUGAAAGCAACCCAUAUAGUUGCUUGCAAAGAUGCAGUUGAGUCACAACUGACUUGAGUUGACUCUACUCAUUUAUUACACAUUCAAAUUCUGUUCUUUAUAAUUAAAUAUAUUAAUGUUUUAACUUAAAUUUUACAAACAACUGGCAAUAAUGUAAUUUCUUGUGUCAGGACUCUAAAAGUACAGGAAGCACAUGUGAAAACUCUUAAAAAUAAAACUUCUGUAAUGUCAUCUAGACUUAUAAAUUCUGGAGAGCUAUUGGCAAGAUUUGUGCAAAAGAAAAUUGUGGGAAAACUUGGGAGUUGUCUGUGUGGUUUAUUGUAUAAAUAACCAAUUUAGAAAACAAGAUGGGACAGCAACCCCCUGGUACCCUGAUUCAUUGUGUGCAGAAAUACUGUAACCAAAAAAUAAAGCUUUAAUAAUAUUUUAUGUUAAUAACACCAAAAACAUAUAAUCAAUAUAUAUAAAACAUGUCACUGAGUUUGGAGGUACUUUCCACAUACUUACCUAAGGCAGUUUUAUGGAAACUAGUGUGGGUUGGUUUUACAAUUUAAAAAGCAUAUUCUAUAAUAAAUAAUAUAUAACUUAAACUGUUGUGAAUGUUUAGUUUCACACAUACAUAAUAUCAUCAUUUCCUUUGUAAAGUAAGGAUAUAAUAAAUCAGAUAAGGCAUUGUAUAAAGAAAUAAUACUUAAGAGUAAUUCACUUCAAAUGUCACAAGUAAAACAUCAUUCUCAAAUAUCUCACUGUCAAAACUAUAGUAUGAAAAACUCAAUCUCAAAAUUGUUAAAAUUUAACAAAGAUUUCUUUUUUUGCCUACAAAAAGUUAGCAUGAUUUAAUGACCACUCUGGGUUCUUCUGCAAUGCUGUCUUCUCUUUUAAACAUUUAUAUAUGUUCUCCUCUGCUUUUGAAAGUUAGAAAAUUUAUGGGACUCACUUGUCAUUGUACACACACCACAAAAAUAAUCAGCCGAUACUUUGUACAUCAAGAGUUUGUAUGAAGAAAGAAAGUCAAUUUCAGAAAUGAAUGAGUUUUUAGUAGAUGGCCUCUAGCAGAUAUCUGGGUCUUCAUUACUUGUUUUUUAAAAAAAUAAUGUAACAUGAUAUCACGUAAAUUCAAAACCUCAAUGAUCACAGCUUUUUUGUGAGAUGUACGGCUUGUAAAGCACUUUAUUGUUUUCUAUGUAAGGGUUCAUCACCACAUCCAGUUAUAGUGUAUGUGCUGCUAGAGCAGGCACAGAUUUUAUUAUUGUCACUAGAAGUGGGGUUGACAUGGGUUUAAAAAUGUAAUUUGCAUUAAACACUUAGUUUAAAAGCAUUUUUCUUAAUAAAUUAUUAUCAGUUUGUGCCUGAAAUAAAUAAGAACUUACUCUAAUCACUGUUUUUUUUAAUCUCCAACAAAUAAAAUAAAUUUUAUGAGGGAAAUAAUGACUAUUUUAAAAUCAUACAUGUAAUCCAAUCCAUAAAGAAAUCCAAGCUCAGAAAGUUUUAAUUCUAAGUGAACUGUGUAAUUGGAAUUUUCUGA